AUUAGCGGGUCAGAGUAUGAUAUUCCUCAAAAUGAGGAACAGUCGGCGUUACAAACUGGCCAAGAGCAACGCCAGGAUUCUCCAAACUCCACAGAUGGUGAAUUGGAUAUUACCAGUGAAAAGUUCGAUCCUUUACGUGCACUGUAUGAGCCGGAAUAUCGCAUCAGUGAGAAACAGCCAAAAGUGAUUUAUCAAAAUCUUGCAGCAUUCGAAAGUGCUUUUAAGCGUUUUGGUAUAAUGAAUCUCAACAAACGUAAUAAUACGGUAGUACAAAAGAAGGCACAAACAACUGAUGAAAACAUUAGCAAUGCAACAGCUGUUAAGCCGGGUAGCUCAAAGCAAGGCAUUGUCAUAGCUGAAGAGGCAGAAACACGUCGUUUUCUGCCACAUCAAAUGCCCGUACAAGGCAGUAGACGCAAGAAAAAGAAUUUGCAUAAUAUUUUCACCUAUAUUGAUGGAAUUACGGGUCCAAUGAGUGCAUUAAAGUUGGGCAUGAAAGAGGAGCGACGUGUACGCGUAAUGGUGCGUAAUGAACAUGGUAUACGUGGCAGUUUAGAAGGCACCUUGAUAUGGUUCGAUAAAUUCUGGAAUUUAUGGCUACGAGAUGUUGAAGAAAAAUGGCAACGUCGGAAAUACAAGUAUGGUGUGAAUAAAAUGUGUGGAGAACCACAAGAUUGCAGUAGGAGAUUGCAAGCGCUUGGAAUUGUGUUGCCAAAGCAAGAGGUGAAAAGUAUUAACAGAAAAAAUGUUGAAAUCUGUAGACACCUGCAUCAGCUUUUAGUGCGUGGUGAAGAAGUUGCUGUGGUAAUAUUUUUGACCAAAUCUGCGAACACAACUACGCUUCAAAUCAAAUCAUAACCGCACUUACAAUUAGUGCUUAAGAAAUAAGAUUGAUCUACAUUAUUUUUUUACAAAUAGUUUAAUUUCCAUAAAAAUAAAAUUUUCGAACAACAUACUUUAAAAUAAAGGUAUUCUAUUUUACUCA